AUGUAUGGAAUGCUACUUGAAAGUGUUCAGCACUUUAUAGUGGAAGAAUGUGGAGAAGAGAUAUGGGAGACUAUUCUUCGGGAGGCUGGCGCAAGAAAUACCGUUUUUAUGACUAGACAGCAAUACCCGGAUGCACUCAUGUUGCGCCUAGCCUGUGCGUUGUCUCGUUUAGUAAAUCAAGAUCCAAACAGUCCGACGUCGUCCGCUCCAGCUAGUCCGCCUCCGCGCAAACUCUCGCUAAAAUCUAAGCCCGCUUGGAGAAGUGCAUCAGUUCACACAGAUAAUCGAUGCCAAUCAUUCAAGUGUCCCUUUUCAGCUACAAAUGCCUUAACAGCUGUCACCAAGAAAGAAAUAGAAGCUUACAAUUCAGCAGAGGAGAUUAAAUCACCAACACAAAGCACAAUAUCAACAGAAAAGAUUUGUGAAUUAGAGGAACUAAAUGUUACACCUACCCGUAUGAAUGUCAGAGAUAGGAGAAGUCUGGGUGUACAUUUAGAAAAGUUUAAAAGUGAUGUGGAAGGUGAAUCAAUGACCAUUACAGAUGUCACGGAGGCUAUCGCUUCAGAAGCUAGACCGACAUCACCGAUUUCAUUGAAAAGUACGAAAUUAAAGGAAUCCGUACCAACUCCUCCGAUAUUAAAAAAAGGUUCCAUUCCUAAAGAAACGGAACCCACCUCACCUUUAUCAGAUUGUUCUAAGAAACCGACUCUGAAGCCCAGAAAGGUUAGCAAUACUGUUUUGGAUGUAUACAAACGUAGAGGUUCCGGAACUCCUGGCAAACAGCGAGUUCACACUAACAGCCUUAGCUUAAUGGACACAAAUAGACUUUUCGAACUAAGAGAGAAGUUUAGCACACCGGAAAAAAUUAUGCAUUUCUUUGGAAGGUGUUUCGUAAAGUUUUUCUCCAACUUUGGCUACGACACAAUGAUCAGAGCAACUGGACGGUAUUUCUGCACUUUCCUUCAAUCGGUGGACAGUAUUCACCAACGCAUGAGAUUCACGUUCCCGCAGAUGAAGUCUCCGAGAAUGCAGUUAACAAGGGCACAUAGACAUGGAGCAGAACUAGUCUAUAGCAGCGGCAGGACUGGAUACACGCAUUAUCUUAUGGGUCAGCUGUAUGAAAUAGCGGAAGAUAUUUUUUCUUUAAAACUAAAGGUAACUAUUGUCAAGGAAGAUCAUUUGGAAGCGAACAACCACUAUGUCGCUGUCCUACGUCUUGAAUUUGAUAACAGUGAUUAUGUCCAAUCACUAAUGGCGAAGAAGUCUCUGCCUUGUCCACUUCCGGCUGUGCCAGCAUCGCUUCUGACUCAACUCUUCCCAUUUGGAGUAUUACUAGAUCGAAAGAUGAGGAUUUUAGUCGCCGGUGACAAGCUAGUUGAAGCAUGGGGAGGACCAUAUUGCCGAAUCUACAAGACACCGGUGUGUGAAAUUUUAAAACUACGAAAGCCAAAAGUGUCUUUCACUUGGGACAAGGUGGUCUCCAUGCAGAACAUGAUGUUUGAACUGGAAUUGAUGCGCUGGCGUUCGAGAAAUAUCACAGACUCUCGGCGUGGCUCCCAAGGAGCUCGUUCUAUUUUACUAAAGGGACCUAUACACUUACUAGAUGAAAUUGAUGCUCUCGUAUUUCUUUGUAGUCCUAUAUUCAACAACCUGGAUGAACUUCGCUUAGCGGGUCUAUAUCUAGCUGACAUGAAUGGCCACGGCCUAUCAAAAGAAAUGCUUCUUCAAGGCUGGCAACAUCUGUCACGAUUAGAAUUACUAUUUGAAAAAGCAGAAACACGCAGUUUAACAUUGGAAAAAUCGUGUCGACUUCUAGAUGAGUGGAAGAAGAAAGGCGAUCAUCUUUUGUACUCUAUGAUCCCGAAAACUAUUGCUUAUCAACUACGAGACGGAAAAAUGCCUGAAGCUGAGCACUUCGAUUGUGUAUCGAUAAUGUUCUGUGGUAUUCCAUUGAAAGAAACUGGUACGAGAGAGGACGUUAUGGCCACAGUCGGUUACAUGAACAACGUGUAUUCCAAAAUCGACCGCUUGCUGGAUUCACAUCAAGUUUAUAAGGUGGAAACUGUAGGUACAGUUUACAUGGUAGUGGCUGGAGCACCUGAACGUCGCCGCCGAUCCGCUCACUCGGAGUGCGCCGCAAGCGCAGCUUUAGCAGUGUCUAGGGCUUUGCCAAUGCUUACCAUUGGUAUACAUUCAGGACCAUGCCAGGCUGGUAUUCUUGGCCACAAGCAACCCCGAUACUGCCUCGUUGGAGACACAGUCAAUACGGCUUCCAGGAUGCAGACCACUAGUGAGACUGGACGUAUACAGAUCUCAGCACAAACUGCUGAAGAGUUGCCAGCUGGGAAAUUCAGACUUCGCCGAAGAGGGCUUAUUAAAGUGAAGGGAAAAGGAAUGAUGGAGACUUUCUGGCUUGAAGGAGAGAUAGAAGAAGACGAGCAAGAUGAAGCAUUACAACUAUUUUCGAAGCUAUGUGGUGACGAUGAAUAA